AUGGAGGACAUGGAGGUGAAUUCCAUCGAGGUUCUGGUGGUUGGAGCCAUCACCGGAGAUCCCAUUUGCACGGUGGAAGCGGAUCCGGGCUGGUGUCUGCAGGAGCUCAAAGAAGCAAUCAAAGGCGUGUCAGGCAUCCCCACGCACGAGCAGAGACUGCAAGUUGGGGGCAAGCCCUUCUCCAACGAAGACAAGCGGCUCAGCGAGGUUUUGGGGGAUCAAGAUUUGUCCAUUGAGCUGAUCCGUGCUGAUGCGGAGCGAACUGCCGCUUUGGAGCUGUUGGCGGUGGGCGGCUCACUCACCCAACUCAAAGAAAGCUACAGGAGCGAUCCUGAGCUAGUUCUUGCAGCGGUGCAGGCCAAUGGAGGGGCUUUCCGAUACGCCUCCAAGAAGUUGCAAAGCGAUCGCGAUUUCCUGCUGGCCGCAAUUGAGCGGAGCUGCGAUGUGCUGUUUCAUGUUGCAGAGGAGUGGAGGUGCAACCGUGACUUCGUUCUGGAUGCGAUACACCGCAAUGGCACUGCGUUGUGCUAUGCCUCCACUGAGCUCCGCAGCGACAGGAACUUCAUCCUUGCUGCUAUUGAGCGCAACAGCAUUGCUUUGUGUUAUGCUGAUUUGCAGCUGCGCAGGGACCGAAGCUUUGCUCUUGCCGCUGUACAGAAGAGCAGCCUCGCCUUGCGGUAUGUGUCAGAGCAGCUGCAGCGUGACAGGGACUUCGUGCUGCUGUGCAUCCAGUCGAAUGCCGGAGCCUUGCGCUAUGCCGAGGAGGAGUUCCGCAGUGACCCCCAGUUGGUGUUGGCGGCGGUGCAGCUGGAUGAGACUACCUUGGGCUUUGCCUCAGAGAGCCUUCGCUCAGACCCCAGCUUCGUGUGCAAGGCCCUGCAAUGCAACGGCGCCGCCUUGCCCUACGCCGCGGCCGACCUCAAGGAGAACAAGGCCUUCCUGAUGGACGCCCUGCAGCUGCCGGGGGUUUUGAAGCACGCGCCCGAGGAGAUCCGGCGGCGCCGGGAUUUGGUGCUGGUGGCCAUCCGCAACGAUGCUUGCGCCAUGGGCUACGCGGCCAGCUGCUUGCAGUCGGACAUGGGCUUUGUGCUGGAGGCGGCAAGGGCAAACCCCAACUGUUUGCGCUAUGUGCCAGAGAACCAUUGGCAGCAGAAGGAGUUCGUGCUGAAAGCAGUGGAGGUGACGGGCACCGCCUUUGGCCUCGCCAGCCCCGAGCUACGGAGCUGCCGGGACUUUGUCAGCUUGGUGGUGGGGAGGAACAGCUCCGCCUGGAGCUUCGUGCCCCAGGAGCUGCGCUUGGACCGGCAGGUGGUGCUGGCAGCUGUGCAGAACAACAGCGACAUGCUGAAGCAAGUGGAUGAGGGCUUCCGCAAAGACCGGGCCUUUGUCCUGGCGGUGGUGCAGCGCAACGGCGCGGCGUUGGCCUAUGCGGACCUGGGUUUACGUGCAGACCGCGAGGUUGUCUUGACGGCUGUGCAGAGCGAUGGUACUGCACUCUCCGUGGCGUCCGAGGAGCUGCAGGAAGAUCGAGGCUUCGUUCUUUCUGCCAUCGGCCGCAACAGCAAGGCGCUGCUGGUCGCCGCUCCAGAGUGGCAAGCUGACUACAGCUUCUCGCUAGAUGCCGUCGCCAGGAACGCAUCGGCUCUGGCACUUCUGGCGCCUUGCUUUCAAGAGGAUCACGAAUUCCUGCUGGCCGCUGUUGCGCGAAAUGGCGAUGCUCUUUGCUAUGUGCAAGAGUCCUUUCAGAACGAGCAGCUGGUGCUGUCAGCGAUUGAGUCAGACAGUGCGGCCUUGCGCUACGUGGACGAGCGACUCCGCGGUGACGGGGACUUUGUGCUGGACGCCAUCCAGCGAAACGCGGAGGUUCUUCCCUAUAUCCUGGACACCUUGCGGGAGGACCCAGCCUUUAUGCUGGAGGCCCUCCAACGGAACUCCAGGGUGAUGGAGUUCAUGGAUCCGUCGCUCCGGCACAACUCUGACUUCAUGCUGAAAGCCCUGCAAGCCAACUGCAGCGUGCUGCAGUCGGUAGCCCCUGAGCUGUGGAAGGACUGCAACUUCGUCUUGCUCGCAACCCGGACCUCUGGUGAAGCCUUGCGCUUUGCUUCAGCCGAUUUGCAGCAGGACAAAGCCUUCAUCAUCUCAGUGGUUAAGGGGAACGGCAUGGCCCUGCCAUUUGUCACAGAGCUGAAGGAGGAUGAGGAGGUGGCGCUGGCAGCCGUGCACAGCCGCCCGGAAGCCAUGCGCUACGUGCGCGAGGAGCUGCGCCGGAGUCGGCCAUUUAUCCUGAAGGCGGUGAGCAGGUCGGGUGCCUGCUUGGCCUACGUGCCCCAAAGCUUCCGCAAGGACCGAGAGGUAGUGCUGGCUGCUGUGCAGAACAAUGGUGUCGCCUUGGCCUACGCUGCUGCAGACUUGCAAAGCAACCGCGAGGUGGCGCUGGCGGCCAUCGAGCGGAAUGCGGACGCAGCUGUGGAUCCGCGGCUAUGGGAGGAUCGUGACUUCGCCUUGGCAGCUAUUCAGCGCAACAGCGAGGCGGUUCUUCGAUGCACGGUGGACUUUCAGGAGGACCGCGGGUUCCUCCUGGAGGCAGUGCAGAGGAACGGCGACGCACUCCGCUUUGCAGCGGAGAUAUACCGCUACGACCACGCUCUGGUUCUGGCGGCCAUUCAGAGCGAUGGCACAGCUUUGCGCUACGCGGGCGAGAUCAUGCGGGAGGAUCGAAACUUUGUGCUCGAGGCACUGAGUCACAACGAGAUGGCCCUGCCAUACGUGCCAGAGGAGUUCUGGCAAGAUCGGGCCUUCCUUCUUGCUGCCGCGAGCCGAAAUCCAGAGGCACUCCUGCAAGUUAACGAGGCGUUGCGGAAGGACCGGAAUUUCAUGCUGGCGGCGGUGGGGGAGCACGGGCAAGCGCUGGCCUCUUGUGCCUCUGCGCUGCUGGAACAUCAGGAUUUCCUGCUCCAGGCCGUCGAGGUCAGUGCUGAAGCUUUCGCCCACCUGCCGGCUGAGUUCAAGGAGGAUCCGGACUUCGUCCUCGCAGCUGUGAAGCGGAACGGGGCGGCCAUCCGCUUCGCGGCCGAUCGCUUCAGAAGGGAUGCCGCCAUCGUGCUAGCAGCGGUGCAGCGGAAGCCCGAGGCACUACGGCAUGCUGCGGAGGAGCUUCGCCACAGCCGCGCGUUUGUGCUCGAUGCCGUUCGGGCCAAUGGAGCUGCUUUGGCGCAUGCAGGCAACGAGCUGCGCAGCGACCGUGAGAUCGUCUUAGCGGCGGUGAGGAGGGAUGGUGUGGCGCUGGCCUACGCCUCAGAGGAGCUCCGCGGAGACGCGGAGGUGCUGGCCGCGGCCGCCGCCAGUGACGCAUCGUCUCUUCAGUACGCAUCCGAAGCGCUGCGAACAGAGUACGACUUUUCCGGUCUGAGACUGUCUACAUCCUGUUGGCGAGCUGGCACUCCAGCUGCGACGCUUCCUUUUACCUCAAGGCGUGGCUCUUGGGCGCCUUGGUGCUGGGAUGGCCGGCCACCGCUGCGGCCGCCUUUGUGAGUGAGACGACCAGCUUCCGGCAGGGGUUUUGUCUGGAGCUGGCCUUGUUUGCGACCUCUCUGGUGUGGCUCAUGGUUGGCAGCGUGUGGUGCUGGGAAUCCGAGGAUUGCAUGGAUGAAGCUCCACUCCUGUUUUGGGCAAUCUUUGUCUCGACGAUUUUCGUUUGGAGCACGCUGAUAUUGACCCUCUCCGGCCUGAUCAUCUCGACAGUCCUUGCAGUGGCUUGUACUCACAAACCACGUCAUGCAUCCACGGAAUGAAGGCAAUCAUUCAGUUUGUACAGGCUCAUAGGGGGGCAGUGGCGAAUUUAUUGGCAUGGAG